AGAGCCCCCAGUUUGGCAAAACCCAUGUUGCAAAGAAGUGAUAAAACACGCCACUAUGCCGCUAACCAAACUACCAAAGAAACCAUCUUCUGCCGUCGUUCUCUGUGUGUCAGCAACCAGAGGGAGAACAGUCAGUGAGAGAAUCGAUGGCUUCGUGCCCUAUAAAUCCUCGAACUCGAUCCUUUACUUCUCCAAGUAACACUUUUCAACAAAGGAAGAAUCAAAGAAAUGGCGGAUGAAGGUAAGAAGUUGUUUCUAGAGCCAUGGCAUCGGUUAGAGGGAAAGGUAGUGAUGGUGACCGGAGCUUCUUCUGGUCUUGGUCGUGAAUUCUGCUUGGAUCUUGCUAAGGCUGGAUGUAAUAUCGUCGCCGCAGCUCGUAGGAAAGACAGGUUGGUGUCUCUCUGUAACGAAAUCAAUCAAUCGAGUUCCAAAAACAGAGCUUUUGCUGUAGACCUCGAUGUAACCGCCAAGGGACCUGAAAUUGAUGCGUCUGUGCAGAGAGCUUGGAAUGCUUUCGGUCGGAUUGAUGCCUUGGUUAACAACGCUGGAGUUAGAGGCACUGUGAAAUCUCCACUGAAUUUGUCCGAAGAGGAAUGGAACAAUACUAUCCGGACUAACUUAACAGGCUCCUGGCUAGUAACCAAGUACGUCUGCAGACGUAUGCGUGAUGCCAAUCUGAAGGGAUUGGUUAUAAAUAUUUCAUCCAUCGUUGGUCUUAACCGUGGACAAUUACCUGGAGCUACUGCCUAUGCUGCUUCAAAGGGUGGUAUAAACACCAUGACCAAGAUCAUGGCCUUGGAGUUGGGGGUGCAUAAUAUCAGAGUGAACUCAAUAUCACCAGGGGUGUUCAAAUCUGAGAUAACAGAGAAACUUAUGCAGAAAGUGUGGCUCAAUAAGGUGGCUAAGAGAAUCAUCCCUUUAAAAGAACAUGGUACUUCAGACCCAGCAUUGACAUCGCUUGUCCGGUAUUUGAUACAUGACUCUUCAGAGUAUAUCUCAGGCAAUGUGUUUAUAGUUGAUGCAGGAGCCACCCUACCAGGUGUUCCAAUUUUUUCUUCCCUUUGAUCUUGAUUUAUGUUUGAUAAUUGGUGUUGGUGAAGCCAGAAAGGUUCAAAUGGCAUUACCCUGUAAGUGGUGAUACUGCACACUUGCUGUGUUUUCUGUCGAUUCCUGAAUGGCAGUUAUGUCUGUAAAUAAUACUAUAGGCUUGUACUUGUAAGAAAUUUACCUUGCAAAUUCAAGAAUCCAAGGCACUACCCUGUUUGACAA